CUAAUAUUGUAGAUACAAAAUAAAAAGUUGUCGUUGGCUGUGCUGUUUGAGGCAAGUUUACAAUUUAUCUUCGUAAUUUGUAAUCGUAAUUUACGUUCACAUCGUCUUAAAUGCAAACUCGCCUGUAAAAUCCUUGAGCUCAGCUGUGUCUUCCAUCAGUCCAGGUACUCGUAAAACAAAUCGUCCUUCACCCGAAAAGAUGAGUGGCCAGGAGGAAAAUCCGGACAUUCAGUGGGCGAUUGACUUACUGACCCCGGGUCCCGACUACGAACUCAGUCUCAUCUCCAAGUACUUUAAUUACAUUGCCUUCGGUGCUACCGGUCAGAUCGGCGUCAUCACUCAAAAACUUUUCAGUCGAAGACCCCUACUUUCAGGCUUACACAUAUACCCAAUAGUAUUUGUACUGACAAUGGGUGUUGCUCAUGUGACUAAAAUUAUGAAAAACAGAAGAGAAGGUUUGAGAGAUGCCAUUUUAAAAGAUUAUAUUAGGAAAUUUCCAGACGAUUUUAAACCACCUGUAAAAAGAACAUGGAACGAUCUUUUCCAUCCAUGGACUCCAUGGCGUUGAAGUUUUGGUUAAUUGGAUUAUUAAGUAGAUUCUCUGUUAAUUAACUUAUUUGAUAUAUAACAAUUAUAAAUAAUAAGUUAAAGUAAAAAGAAAUAAUAAAUUGCAAUAAUUUGG